ACCUAUGAUGUAUUUUUCAGAAAAUAAUUAUUGCUUGUUGUUGACAUUAUUUCUAAUUCCUAUAGGCUGCAUCUGGAUCUUUCUUCCAGCUUAGCAGGAAUUAAACAGCAUGACCCAAAGAGCAGAAUAUAAUUCAAAACAAGGAAGGAUCUCAUACACAGGUCUAUAGAAUAAACAGAACAUUGGUUACUAUGCUCUGGUUAAUGUGCAAAGACUAACAGGAAACAUUAUAUAAUAUCUACUGUACUGAGCUUUAUUGCAAAAAAAGGACAUUGUGUUUUGCCCUUUUGCUCCUUGUUCUAAAAUUUUUGUUCUUUAGGAUAAUAGUCAAAAAUGCCACAAAUUUUGAAAUGAGAGACACCAAACAAGAUAAAAGUUCUGUCAAUUUCUGUCUGCUUGGGAAUACCAAAAGUUAUUUUUACUUUUUCUGUUGUUUUUACUUGUAGGCUUACUCAGAGUAUGGUUCCUCUCAGCCAUGGCUGCAGUACAGAGUACAGAUACUGGAACUCCCUUUAACCUGGCUGAGCAGUGCAGGCAAAGAAGCAGUAGAGGUGAAAAUCCCUCAGAGCCACCAGGAUGUGACGCCCAAUGAUGAGCAGUAAUUACUGCAGCAACACUUCAGCCAGUAUGAGUGUCAACGAAAUGUCUGCCUUCCCUCUGACUUUAGAACAAAAAACUGGCUUUGCCUUUGUGGGGAUUUUGUGUGUUUUCUUGGGACUUCUAAUUAUCAGAUGCUUCAAAAUCUUGCUAGACCCCUACAGCAGUAUGCCUUCUUCCACGUGGGAAGAUGAAGUUGAGGGGUUGGAUAAAGGAACAUUUGAAUAUGCUCUUGCAUGAAAACUCACAGAAUAUCCUGCCUUAAAUUUGAUGUUGAUUUCAUUUUGGAAACCAACUGUUGUUACAUUUGUUAUACAUACCUGCAUUUUGGAGAUAUGUUGGUGGCAUCCAUUUUGUUAAAUAAAUAUUUGUUGCAAACCCAAAA